AUCAGUUACUCGGCAUGAUAAUUAUGUUUUCUGAGCGUCUUAUCAGAUGUUGUGGUACAUUGAAACGAUACCCUGAUGCAAAUUUCAUUAAUGAAACCUGCAGCACUACAAGGUUAGAACCAAAAGAUGAAGCUGCAAAACACCUAAAUCCACACAAAUCACAACAUAUGACAAAAACAAGAACGGGCCAGUACAACAUAAUACCUUGGAAUCCCCCAUCUCCUACAAAUCAAUUGGUUAACAUCCGUUGA